AGAAGCCUGGGUAGAGGCGCCACCGAAAAAGGGAGAAGGGAGAGAAAGUCGCCGCUGUCCGGUCGGCGGAGCGGGGAGCUGGGUGUGUUCCCCACCCUGCUCCGGGCAGAAGCGAAGCGAGGGGCUUAGGGGCGAAGCGAAGGGAGCCGGGGCGAAGCGAGGGUCGAAGCGAAGGGAACCAGGUCGAACCGCGAGGCUCCGGAGCGAAGGGCCCCGGGUGGAAGCGGGGGUUGAGGGUGCCGGGGCGAAGCGGGAGUGGAAGCGAAGGGAGCCGGGGCGAAGCAGGGGGCUCAGGCUGUAGUCGAGGGUCUCGGGGCUCAGGGUCGAAGCGAAGGAGCUGUGUCGAAGCGAGGGGCUCAGGGUCUAAUCAGGGGUCUUAGUGUCGAAGCGAGGGGCUCCGUGCCGAACCGAGCUCUCGGGUGGGAGCAGGGCGGCCGCCCGGGGGCGGGAUGCGGGGCGGUCGCGGCGGGCCGGAGGCGUGCGGGGAGGCGCCGAGCGAGUGGCGGCGCUGAGCCGGGGCGGCGAGGAUGAUGAGGGGAGGGAGAAGUCCCGGCGGAGAUCUCCCGGCACCGGCGGCGGCUCAGGCUCCCUCUCCUCUCCCUCCGCAGCCUCCCUUCGGCGCGGGGCUGCGGAGCAUGAGGCGGCGGCGGGGACCCGCCGUGUAGCAGGAGGCGGGGGUUGAGCGCGGCGGGGAGGGAGAGGAUGAGGAGGACGAGGAGGACCUGCUCCCACCGCGCUGCUGCCUGUCGGGGACCGGCCCUGCCCCGGGCUGCCUCGGGAUCGGGGGAAGCCGCAUCAGUGGAGCCGUGAGAAGUCGCCCUUCCCGCUAAGCUGCGGGGGGAGCUCGGAGUGUUUCUCGGAAGCUGGAGUUGCAGCCUGCUUGCUUUUUCUUCUCCUUCCUCCCCUUUAAUCUCGCUCUCUCUUGAGAGAACGGGUUAGGGAUGGUCAUUUUUAGCAGUGAGCUGCGCAGGGGACGAUAACAAAUCUCAGUGAACGAUAGACUCGAUCGCUAAACCUCACCUUGUCCAGCCUUCUGACCCUCGGAGACGAGGGUGUGCGUGGGAAGGAGAGAAGAAACGCUCCCAUUUGAAAAUAAACUUGAAAAAAAAAGACUUUUUUUUUUUGGACAGCCUAACUGCUUUAUAAUUACUUUUUUAAUUUGGUCUUGUUUGGUGAUAAGUUGUUUUAAAAAGGAUUGCCCUACGCAAUUGUUUUGUAACUGGUGGAGGAAGGUAGGAUCCCCCUCAAGCUUUUCUGGUGUGACAGCCUUGGAUUCUGAAGAGUUAACCGGUGUCUGCAUGAUACACCUAUUGCUAGUCUGGUAGCAGACUUUUCAGCUUUUUAUUUGCUUUCUUUUUUUUAUUAACUGCGGCCGGUGGAGAGGGUUGGCCAGAAGAAUAUUUGCACAUACAUAUAUUGUGUAUAUUUUUGGUGGGGUUCUCCCCACAUUUUACUCUUUCUUGAUGACUCCUGGAGGUGGUAGUGGGCCCAUGAAAGACUGUGAAUACAGUCAGAUCAGCACACACAGCUCUUCGUCUCCCAUGGAGUCUCCCCAUAAGAAAAAGAAAUCGGCUCCCAAAAGAAAAUGGGAGGUUUUUCCUGGAAGAAACAAGUUCUUCUGCAAUGGGAGGAUCAUGAUGGCUCGACAGACUGGAGUCUUCUACCUGACUCUUGUUCUCAUCUUGGUCACCAGUGGACUCUUCUUUGCAUUUGAUUGUCCGUAUUUGUCAGAGAAGAUUACACCUGCUAUACCUGCAAUUGGUGGGAUUCUUUUCUUUUUCGUGAUGGGAACCCUGCUGCGUACUAGUUUCAGUGAUCCUGGUGUCCUCCCACGUGCAACACCAGAUGAAGCAGCUGAUCUAGAGAGACAAAUAGGUAACACUGAAGAUAUUGCAAAUGGCUCCAGUUCAGGAGGAUACCGUCCCCCUCCCAGAACAAAAGAAGUGAUCAUCAAUGGACAGACAGUGAAAUUAAAGUACUGUUUUACUUGCAAGAUUUUCCGCCCACCUCGUGCCUCACAUUGCAGCCUUUGUGAUAACUGCGUAGAACGGUUUGAUCACCACUGUCCCUGGGUAGGCAACUGUGUGGGGAAAAGAAACUACAGAUUUUUUUAUAUGUUUAUUUUAUCUCUGUCCUUUCUGACAGUCUUUAUAUUUGCAUUCGUUAUCACCCACGUCAUCCUUCGUUCUCAACAAACAGGGUUCCUCAAUGCCCUGAAGGACAGUCCUGCAAGUGUGCUGGAAGCUGUGGUGUGUUUUUUCUCAGUAUGGUCCAUUGUUGGCCUCUCAGGUUUUCACACAUAUUUGAUCAGCUCCAAUCAAACAACAAACGAAGAUAUUAAAGGAUCGUGGUCAAAUAAAAGAGGUAAAGAGAAUUAUAAUCCAUACAGUUAUGGCAACAUCUUUACUAAUUGCUGUGCUGCACUCUGUGGGCCCCUCUCCCCAAGCUUAAUUGACAGAAGAGGAUUUAUACAACCAGAUACGCCACAAUUAGCAGGACCAUCAAAUGGCAUUACUAUGUACGGGGCCACACAAUCUCAGAGCAACAUGUGUGACCAAGAUCAGUGCAUUCAGAGCACUAAAUUCGUUUUGCAGGCUGCUGCCACCCCCCUACUACAGAGUGAGCCAAGCAUAACUAGUGAAGAGCUACCUUUGCCAGGAAAAACUACUAUCAGUGGGCCUUGUGCAACUCUAACUCUAGGGCAACCAACACCACCAUCUUCUAUGCCAAAUCUCACAUCAGAUACAGGUUUGACAGACAUGAUGCCAUUAAAAGAGGAGCAUGAAGGUCAUCAGUUUCUCACUCCUGAAGAAGCUCCAUCACCCCCUGGGAUGCUGCCAAGUGGAAGUCCUAUUACACACAGCCAUACAAUGCAUGUCCUGAGUCUAGCCAGCCAGGACUCCUUGCAUGAAGACUCAGUGCGUGGCCUCGUGAAGCUUAGCUCAGUUUGAACAGCUGUAUUUGAACUUUGCACCGUUUCUUGGUGUCUGUACAGAUCUCUACUUAACAGGAAUGACACUGCAGUACCACUGUCAGACUUCGUAACAUGCCUAUGAUGGAAGCUUUAUUGCAUAUUGGAGUCUACUAAAAAGACAAGUUAUUUUUUGAUGGAGCCAUGGUAUUUUUUUGAUCAGCUUGUUAAUGGUUGAGCUUUGAUGGUGACUGCAUUUUAUUUUUAAACAAAACCAGAAACGGUCAGUAAUCUUGCUUCCUGAAGCUUGGGUACAGUAAGUUGGAAGUCGGCCUGUAACAAACACCAUGUACAGUACAAAAGAGAGAGAUUCUUGGAUGUGAGUGUUAUGCUCUGUGUUCUAUGCUCUUGUAAUACACACUUGUUAAGGCUUACCACAUUUGUGGCCAGAAUGAUCUGCACUUACAUGUUAUGCUACUAAUAUUUGAGAUAGAAAAUUACCAUUCCGUUUGUUAAUACAAAAAAAAAAGACUGCAGAUAUGGAUUUGCAUGCCACGCUACAGUAUGUGUUACAGUGGUGUUGGUAUUAAGAGAAAGUGCUGCUUUUUUAUUUGUGACUUUCAAAGUGCUGUUUCAUUUAAAGACAGUGCAACAAACAAAUUAAUGGACUAUAUUAUUUUUUCAAUUUAUUAAAGUUUAUUUUAAAUUAAUCAGUGGUGCCUAGAAGAUGGAGAAUUACUGAUUUGAUCAUGUUGCAUAUCAUUUAACCUUCUGUUUAAGUGUUUAGAGUGAGAUACUGUGUUGUGCCAUACCAUGAGAUUCUUCCACUCCCUAAUGUGAUACAGUUACCUGUGGACCUCCAAUAAAAUGACAUCCUCUAUUUCUUGGACAUGUGUACAGUUAUCCUUGCAAAAUUUUCCUGGGGAAGGAUGGGGAAAUAAUGAUUUGUUGACAUCGUUUGUAAAGACUUGACUGGAAUAUGUUUACGUAACGAUACUAGAGCUACAGAGGAAGAGCUGUUUACAAUUAGGAUUGCUUCAGCAUCUUUUAUGGUUUUGUUUGAGAUGUGUGUUUGUUCCCGUAAGAAGUCUUUAUUUGGAAACAGAGUUAGCCUCUGCUUGGACUGUAAUUCCAUGUUCUUCAUCUUACAUCUUACAGCUGAAGGGUGUGGGGCUUGAGAUUCAAGACAAAGACAGAUGGCUUAAUCUUAAGUAAUCUGAAGUAAUCUUAAAUGGUUAAUGAUAGGCUGUAGCUGCCCCCUGCCAUCAUCCUUCAUUUGUAUUUGUCCUUUAAUAUUUUAUAUGAAAACUUGAUUUCAUAGAAUUCUUCUGUGCUUUUCUUUUUUAAGUAAAGCACAAUGAAAAGGUUAAAGAUUUUUAUAAUUUUUUUUUGUGACAGCUGAAGAGAAACCCUAGUUAAGAUGAGAAAGUCUAAUAGCUUUAAUACUGUGUUUACAAUGCUUUCCAGGAUGUGGAACUUGGAUUCUUCUUUUCUCAGGACAAACUUAAGUGCAGAAUGUGCUUUAUCUAAUGCUUUUGUGGCAUGAAAGUUUUCAGUUAAGAUAUAUAACAGUUCUGUAUUGUUCACUAUGGGCAUUCACUGACACCAAGAUGAAAAUCUUUUUGUUUUUAUUUUCGUUGUUGAAAUUGAGGACAAUCAGCCUGCAAAGAAUCAGUCACCCAUGUUAUUGAAGCUUCCAACAAGAUCCUGACAAAAACCCUACUCCUCCAAGAUUUCAUAAGCAAUCUGUUUCUAUAAUUGAUGAUGCUGGCUUUGACCUAAUUCAGUAUGUAGAACAUAGCAACGCUUUCUGUCUGUAAGUGCUGUAAGGGGUCCACCAAAGAAUUUCUGGCAGACAAGCCUGACCCAGCUAUUGGGGCCACUGAGGAACCUCUGGCAGACAAGUCUAUUGCAGCCACCCUCCCAGCAUUUUCCUGACGCUGCGACAGUGUUCAGUUCUUUCUGUGAGCCAAACUGUGGUGAUUGACAUGUCCCAGUUGGCUCAUCUCCCAUUAAAUCCCAAGUAUCCGCAUUUAUUUCUGUGUCUUCUCUUGAAGUCAGUGAUGUUUAUCUUCUUGAUUUCAUCUUUCUCUGAUGUAGCUUUUCAUGUAUGAAGCCAUGAACACCUGCAUUAAAGCAGGUAAUGGAUUGAGGGCUGGAUGUGCUGGACUCAGAGACAAGGAAAGAAUGAGUUUGUAGGUCAGAACUUGACUGAAUCAUUUUCUCACGGAUGUCUGUGGGGAGAUAACUAUGGAUGUAUUACACAGAAAAACAAGUCAAAUAUUUUUAAUGUGAUAUCAAAACUUUCCACUUGUAGCAGUAAUGAUGAGGACCACUGUUUUAAGGAAAUGGUUCUUUUUAAGUGUCCCCGAAACACCCAAGGGAUUUCAUGCUUCCAUGAAUAAUAACUUUGUGACAUUUGUUUGUGUCACUGCCCCUAGAGAGUGUUGCAGGAAGCUGCACUCCAGCUCUGUGCACGUGAUACAAUUAGUGUCAGUUUUAACAUGAAACAAAAGGAGAAGGACGGGAUUAGAGUCUUUAUGCUGUUUUUCUUGUUCUCAUGCUUUUCACCAUCAUUUUUUUGAACCUUCUGUUUUGUUUAUAAGUGAGGUGUAAGAAUUAUCUAACAAAUUGGAAACAGAUGUGCUACUUCACACAGAUGUGCUAGUUCUGUACUUGUUCAGGUGACCUUUUUUUGUCUUUUAAGAUGACAGACAUAUUUUUAACAUGCUGCCGUUGUAUUUUAAGUUUGACAUUUGAGAAUAAAUUAAAUAUUUUGAA